CGCGCGCGGGGCAGCGGGGGCGGGGCGCGAUGGCGGAGACCGGGAGAGGAGCGGGAUUCCUAUCCAAGAGGAUUUAGACCUCGCUUAAAAAGAUGCCUGCUGCCUGUGAUUCAGUGCUUGAGGAUAUUGAAGACAUUGUGUCAGCAGAAGAUGUGAAACCACACGACCGACAGUUUGUGAGAAGGAAUGUUUUUCCAAAAGUGCGAAAACGCAAUUCACAAAAAAACGUUCAGACAGAAGAUGAUCCCCCAAGUGACAGCAUUAUUCCUGGUGUUCAGAAAAUCUGGAUUCGUACAUGGGGAUGUUCUCACAAUAACUCGGAUGGUGAAUAUAUGGCUGGACAGCUGGCUGCAUAUGGAUACAAAAUUACAGACAACUCUGCUGAAGCAGAUCUGUGGUUGUUGAACAGUUGUACAGUAAAAAAUCCUGCUGAGGACCACUUCAGAAACUCAAUCAAGAAAGCCCAAGAAGGGAAGAAGAAAGUUGUUGUAGCAGGCUGUGUGCCACAAGCCCAACCUCGUCAGGACUACCUGAAAGGCUUGAGUAUUAUAGGGGUUCAGCAGAUAGAUCGUGUAGUAGAAGUUGUGGAAGAAACUAUUAAAGGUCAUUCUGUGAGGCUGCUGGGUCAGAAAAAGGAUAAUGGAAAACGUCUGGGGGGAGCACGGCUGGAUUUGCCAAAGAUUAGGAAGAAUCCACUGAUAGAAAUAAUUUCCAUCAAUACAGGGUGUCUCAAUGCAUGUACCUACUGUAAAACUAAGCAUGCCAGAGGAGAUCUAGCAAGUUAUCCAAUUGAAGAACUAGUGGACAGAGCCAAACAGUCUUUUCAAGAGGGUGUUUGUGAGAUAUGGCUGACCAGUGAAGACACAGGGGCUUAUGGCAGAGACAUUGGCACAGACCUCCCCACCCUUCUGUGGAAGCUGGUUGAAGUUAUUCCUGAGGGAGCUAUGCUGAGGCUUGGCAUGACAAACCCUCCCUAUAUUUUAGAGCAUCUGGAGGAAAUGGCGAAGAUUCUCAAUCAUCCAAGGGUGUAUGCUUUUCUGCACAUACCAGUCCAGUCAGCCUCUGACAGUGUGCUCAUGGACAUGAAGAGAGAAUACUGCGUGGCAGACUUCAAACAAGUAGUGGAUUUCCUUAAAGAAAAAGUGCCUGGAAUAACAAUUGCUACAGACAUCAUUUGUGGGUUUCCAGGAGAGACAGAUGAAGAUUUUCAAGAAACAAUGAAACUUGUAGAACAGUACAGGUUUCCGAGCUUGUUUAUUAAUCAGUUUUACCCACGCCCAGGAACACCAGCUGCAAAAAUGCCUCAAGUUCCAGCUGCAGUGAAAAAACAGAGAACAAAGGAUCUGUCCCAGCUGUUUCAUUCAUACAAUCCAUAUGAUCAUAAGGUUGGUGAGAGGCAGAGAGUUCUGGUAACAGAAGAAUCAUUUGACUCCAAUUACUAUGUUGCUCACAAUCCUUUCUAUGAGCAGGUCCUUGUGCCAAAGGAUCCUCUGUUGAUGGGUAAGAUGGUAGAAGUGAAUAUUUAUGAAGCUGGAAAACAUUUUAUGAAGGGGCAACCAGUGUCAGACGCCAGAGUUCACACUGCAUCCAUCACCAGACCAUUAGCAAAAGGAGAAGUUUCUGGUUUAACAGAGGAGUUCAGAUGUGGACCACAGAAUGGCACAAACUGCAAAACACACCCUUCUGCUGAGAUCCCAGUGAAAACACCGCUCAGCUCGUGGAUGGCUUUGCAGCUCCCAUGGCAACAAGGAGGUGGACUGAAGAUACUGUCUGCCAGCCUGGCUUUACUAGCGGUUCUUGUUAUGUUUUACUACGGUGGAAUGAAAACAGAACUGUGAAAUGAAUGAGGCUUUUAUGAAAACAAUGAAACUGCUGUUUAAAAUCUUCAAAGGAAACACUUUUACCAAGAAAUCUUUUUUUUUUUUUUAAUAAUUCGUACUCACUCUAUGCCUUUCCUGUCAUUCAAAGGAGAAAACUUUAAUAAGCUGUGGAGAGACCUAUCUUGUCAAAACCUGAGAUCUUUGUUUGGCAGAACAGUUUGUUGCAUCUUCCCUUUUCUUUUUUUUCUGAAAUGAUGCAAUAUUUCCAUUGCAUACUCUUUUCAUAACUGCUGUAUCAGGUACAAUUGCAUGAAGUUUAUAAGAAAUGUUUCCAUUGAGUGAUAUUGGUAAUCUUUUAUGGUCAGAAUAUUUAAAGCUUUCUUAAGGAUUUUUCUUAGUGCAGUGUGAUGGUUUGAUAUGUGUCUUUUUACAUUAGAAUCAAACACUGCAAGACCAUUAAAGUUUGUCAUUUGUUGCUAUUUA